GUUACAGACAAUUUUCAAUUUUCUUUACUCCGUUCAGUUCGGCGGAUCUACCUUUAACGUGAAGUAAAAAAGUCGAAUUCGAGGUCGGAAAAUCAUCCAUUAAAAACAGACAUAAUGUCGAUCCGCAAAAUAUUGGUAGCAACUAAGCCAAUGGCUAGAAGUAUCCAUGGAAGCAAACCUCUGUGUGAAGAUGCUCGUUUGAAAAAUUUAAAGGAAUGGCAAACAUUAUUCCAAAAACCUGAUGGUGUACCGGUUUACCUGAAACGUGGAAUGACCGAUCGCCUUUUGGUUGGUUUCAUAGUCAUUGGUACUUUUGCCGGACUUGCAAACUCAUUCAAGUACUUGUACGAAGAAGUAAUUAAACCAUGAAUAAUGAACAUGUAGAUUUCAGUUAGUUUUGUAAUUAUUAUAAUAAUACAGUGAAAAAAUGUUAUAACUUAUAAUAAAUCAUGUAUUAUUAAUUAAAA